GCUUUCUCUCACUCUCACCCUCUCUUUCUCCAUAUCUCUCUUCCUCUCCCUGUUUUUUUUUCUUCACGUCUCUUACCUCAUUUCUCUUUACCGCUUUUUAAAUUCCUCUUUCUCUCUCUCUCUCUCUCUCUCUCUCUCUCUCUCUCUCUCUCUCUCUCAUUUUACAAUUGACCCCUGAACUGGUUUGAACAACAUCCUUUUCUUGCGAUAUCAGGUUGUCAGGUAUGCAGUGUCAGACACACCCUACCCAGGGGUUACCAGGUGACCAGCUCAAACACAUUCUACAUUGUGUACUAUCAAGGGAGCUGCUACUGACACUAUUUAAAGAUUUGCUUCCAAGAGGAAAAAUGUCACAGGAGGCAAUGAUGCAGCUUACUAAACCCCACUCUGAUAAGUCUAAUUUCCUGGAAGGUAGACUGACCAAUCAGGAGCGCAUCAUGGGCAAACUACUGGAGCAGGCUUUCCGUAUUAAGGAUGAGGUCGUUGCCAGCCUGCACGCCACCCAAGGCUCCGUCCAAUCAGAGGCCCUGUCCCACAGGCUGCUGGAGAAUCACAUCCAGACCAUCACCCAAAUUGUGAAGCAACUGAGCAAAGAUAUCGAGGUAUUGGAGGGCCAGAUCAUCCAAAGGGACGGCAUCACCUCAGGGACCAGUUUUGCUGUCCAGAGCCUGGAUCACAAGAACCUGGCGGGGAUUGGGGACCUCCGAGGCAGGGUUGCCAGAUGUGACGCGAGCAUCGCCAAGCUGUCUGGUGACGUGGCCGCUGGGGGCGCUGAGAUCCAGAAACUCCACCAGGAGGUCCUGGAGGUCCGGGCGGGUGUGGAGGUCCAGCUGAAGGAGACAGAGCUAGAGCUGACCAAGACCGAGAGAAGGCUGGAAGCCUUGCUGUUGGAGCACAGCGGAAGACUCAGGAAGACACAAGGAGACCUGCAGAAGGAGACACAGCUCCUCAGCGUCAGGACCUCCAGUGGGCUGAAGGAGCUGGGUGACAGGAUAGACAGGCUAAAGGAGUGGGCGGAGCAGCAACUGCGCAGCUCUGCGCAGACGCAGGUGCAGGGCAGUGAGCAGCUGGGCUCCCAGCUGCAGAACAGAAUGGAGGAGGUCGAGAGGAGGCUGCAGGAGCAGGCGGAGCUGCUGUCCGCCAGGGUGGAGAAAGCAGAGCGACAGAUGGAGAAGGAACACAAAGCCAACAGGGUGAAGCGCUCAGAGGACAAGAUGGCCGCCCGCAUCGCUGCCCUGGAGAAGAACCUGAGGGCGGAGCUGGACCUGAUCCGGGACGAGUAUCACUCCGGGUUCCAAUCGAUCCGCGACGCGGUCGGCUCCCUCCGGCAGAUCGGAGACACCCAGGCCCGCAUAGACAAGGAGCAGCUGCAGAAGGACCUCAAGCGCAUCCGGAGGAAGAUGGUGGCGCUGCAAGACCCGUGAGCGCUUCGCCGCCAUCGACCCGGCCGCUCGCCCCCCCCGCCGACGCCGCGGCCGUGUCUUACCGUCAGGAGUAACGUCUGGGCCCUCAGACAACCAGACCGACCAGGUAGAAGCGCUACCGAACCGACAUGUCGAUCGAACGCUGAACUAAAUUAAUCUUCAAAUGUGGAAGCUUUGCAGUUUUCACCAAGCACUUUACCAAAUUCAUCAGCACCAAAUGCCUUCACUUUGUAUUAAAUACCUGACAUUGUUUUCCCCAUAAUUUACUAUUCUGAGGCUCGGGUUCAAACUUGUGCAAAAACAAACUUGUGCAACAAUCUUUUAGCACAUAAUCAUGUUUGUCAUUGUGUGAAGAACAAGAAAAACAGAUGUGUGGUAAUCCUUCCCUGAUAAGACAAUCUGAUAUCUAAAAGUUACCCAAUCACUUCAUCAAUUCUUACCGAAAGCUUCAAAUUUUUAAAUGUGCCGAAUAAAGUGUUUUAUUCAUUUCCCCACCUGAAAUGGCCUUGGAGUUCUGGUCUUGUGGAUGCUCGUUUACAUAUUUGAGGUGUUCAAUUACACGCAAUGACCAUUAUUAUCUAUCUGCAAUUUCUGACUACAAGUUCAGUGAGUAUUGGAGGACUUGACUGGCAGCACCUCAACGGAAGGCAAAGUCAUACCCAACAGCUCUGGGUGAUGAGUGACUCAGACCAUUAAAUCACCAUUGUUAUUCAAUGGAAGCGAAUUUAAAGAACGUUUUUGCAUACGCAUCUGCAGCUCAAGGAUAUUCGCACAAAGAGAACGCUUAAAGGUUUGAGGUGAGUCACAGAAACACGACAA